GCAUUCAGCGUGCAUCGGUUAGGUCAGUGGUCAGGGCAAUGUCAGCCCAGUAGCGAGCUUUUUAGAGACAGGUUUAGUUUGCGUAACGGAGAGGUGUCGUAUAGGACUAUGGGACAAUUAGAUUUUUGGCGAUCAUUUACCGGUAAUCACAAUUGAGAGGUUGCGAAUUGAAGAAGAGAGAAUCCCGGAGGAACUGGGACUACCUGAUUUAUUCACACCAACCAACGUGCAUCGGCAGCAAAAGCAGUUGAAGAUGUUGGGAUCUGUGGCCUUAUUGGUGUCAUUUCUUUCGGGUCUACGCGCAUCCACGGCAAGCUACUCAGAGGACCAAUGCAGCUGGAGAGGAAGUGGACUCUCUCAGCUGCAGGGCAGUGUGGAGCAGGUUUGGCUACGCUGUGCCGAGGGUUCGGUAGAAUGGCUGUACCCGGCCGGAGCUCUCAGGCUCACACUGUCGCCGCGCCUGCCCUGGGGGUUUACGGGUAGCGGAGGGGGCGCGAGCGGGGUGCUCUCCGUGUGCGUGAAACCCGCCGAGGAAUUCGGAGGGGCCCAGCUGUACCUGGAGCGCAGCGGCGUCCUGGAGCUUGUCCUGGGGGAGGAAGAAAACGAGGUCAACGCGUCUCCCAGGGUGCACUGCUUCAGCGCCACGCCGGGAGAGAGACCGGCCCUCUUCCUGCAGGCCACCCCGCACCAGGACAUCAGUCGCCGGGUGGCUGCCUUCCGCUAUGAGCUCAGAGGGGAUUGGCCGCCGCGGAUGUCCGUGGAUUCCGACCCAAACAGCAGUGAAGAUGCAUGCAGACCCUGCAACAACAGUGAAAUCCUCAUGGCUGUGUGCACCAGUGACUUUGUGGUACGAGGGAACAUACGUGCUGUGGAGCAGGACCCGACCCUUGGUGCCGCUGUGAUCAAAGUGGUCGCCACGCGAGUGUUUCGGCAGAAGUCAGCCCUGUUCACGGGCGGGCGCCUAACACGAUCCGGAGAGUUCCGCACACCCCUGCAGUGUGGCGUUCGGCCUGGAGCUGGCAGCUUCCUGUUCACUGGUCAUGCCCACUUUGGCCAGGCAUGGCUGGGCUGCGCACCGCGCUACAAGGACUUCCAGAGAGCAUACAACCAGGCCAGGUUAGCCCAGGAGAUGCCCUGUGAACUGGACGCUGUGUGAGGGCACGGAUACUAGCACCUCAGAGGACAACAAAAGAGCCAGAGAAGCAGACCCUGGCCAAGCGCCUGCUUGGAAUACAGAGUUCUACUGGGAGAACGAUUUUGGGAGAGCUUUUCCCUGUGCAAUAUUAGCUGCUCAAAUAAGGGGGCGCUAUAGAGUUCUGCCCGAACACGGUAUUCACUGAACUCGUGAGAAAGAGUGAUGAGUGUGUUAUGGAAUGGUUAACAGAGUGAGUGGUUAGAAAGGUUAAUGGAGUGAGUGGAUAGAUGACUUGUGGCCAAACAGGGCCAAGCUGACAUGUUUUCCUGACAGGACUCAACUCAGGACAGAGUCACAGAGAUGUAGACUCACCAGAGUCAGGACUACAGACAGAUGCAGUCUGACAUGGCGUUCUGUUCUUCAACAUAGUGUUUGUUUCACACUCCAAAUGUUAUUUAUAGGUGACAAAAGUCCAGUUUCCAUUGGGGCUGCAUGAUAAACCUGAUAGAGAGAUUUAUGUACAUGAGAUUAAGGAGAAUUGACCUCCUGUUUUCAUUUUUUGGGAAAAUUUUAAUUUGCACUGUUCAUAACUGAAGGGAUAUAUCUGGAGAAUUUGGAAGCUGCAAGCACUGUAAACCAAACAAAAAAGUCAGAUUAUAUGUAGCAAAGAGCCAAGAGAACUGGAUAUAUGGAUUAUAAUGGCUCUUACUAGCCAGUGUCAGGCUUUCGCUCAUAUACGGGCCAGCGCAACUUGGUGUAUACAACAUAAUAUUAAGCUUCAGGUUAGCAUAAACUAACUUUAGCAUCACGCUAGCAGAGAAGCUGCCAACAGUGACUGAAGCAGGCAAGGCAGAACAGAGUUUAGAGCACUUUAAUUCUGCCAAAAGGGUCUGCUGCUUUCUUCAGAGAUAAAUGAUCUUCUCACAGGGCUGUUUGUCUGUCUGUAAGGACCCCUGUAUAAUUCAAUGAUUUCUGUCUGCUACCGCUAGCCAGCCGGGCUAAACUUGUGUCCAUUUUGUCUUUUGAUUUACAAUGCUGCAUGUACAUUUCUGCUCUUUCUCUCUCUCCAGAACUGUGAUUUUUUUUAAUUUAUUUUCACGACAAAUUGACAGGCCUUGAGGAUUGGGCUGCAUCCAGAAUAUCUCACUUCUGUUGUAAUAUGGAUUAUUGUUUCAAGAGAUGUGUCCUUCCUCUGUUUAGUGCACUAAAUGACUGGAGUGGAUGAAACCAAAUGGCCCAGGGGGACGGGGGAGGGGAGGGGGGGCUCUGAAGUAUUGGUAUUGUUGGGAGAGUUUGUUUGUAAAUACUACCAAUGUGACUCAAAGUGAUUUUAAAGGUUAACUGUUUUGUAAAUGUGGGUAAAAUGUAAAUAAGAACAUAUAGAAACUUAUGAAAAACUGUCUCGUCAGUAUUGUUGUAUUAUAAGUGUUGUGUCGCGUGUAAAUGUUGUUUGUGGUGUGUUUUAUAAAGACUUAAUGAAAUAUAAA